AUGACUUCACCUGCUAAUCAGCAGAACCCCAUCCCGGCGACCAACACCUCUGCGACAACGGCGACUUCAUAUGCUUCCGCUGCAGGUGCGCCCAAGAAGCCCACUGUCCAGGCGCCCUUAGUCGCUGCCAGUAAUCAACCUCCCGCUUUGGUUGGUGCUACAUCUGAACGCUCGGCGCAGAAUGCCAAGGCCGCUUUGCCAUCACCCGUGAACGGCAAGAUAGCCGAUAACUCUGCAACUCCCGCUGUUGCCCGUGGCACCUCUGUCGCCAACGGUUCCGUUUCGGGCCACCCCAGAAAGAGCUCCUUGACAAUGGCUGCCACCGGCCCCAAUAGUUAUGUUGCCAACGGUGGCUCAAUCAGCGGUGCUAAAUCAGGCAUUCAGUUCGGCUUCGACUCGCCCGCCAUGGUCCACAGCACACCACAGACCGGCGGCUCUGCCCCUAUCCCCAUCCCUGGAGGGAACCCGCGCGUUACAUCCCCAGAACACUCUCCGUCGCCCAUCCCUCAGCCCUCGGCCAGUGGCGGUCGUCCCCCCUCCGGCCUCCAACAACCCAGCGGUCAAAUGACUUUCGGAAGCCUCAGUAGUGAUGGCGAACGCCAUAUCAGACAAGGCUCCGCCCCACAGAAUGUUAACGCCGCCGGGACACACUCCGGUACUCAUUUCCGACGUGAAUCGAGCCACUCCGUUCAGAGCGACAAUCCCGGUGGGCCUAGCAGGGUCAACUUUCCUCCCCAGGGCGGUCGUGGUCGAGGCGGGUUCAAUCCUCAUGGAAGCUCCUACAGCAACCAGAUGGGUUACCCCCCCAACAAUCAGUUCCGCAAUGGUCCCGGCCAAGGCCGUGGCAUGCCUCCGUCCUUCCAACCGCAGUCUCGAACCAUGCCUUAUCCGAAUUCGCCCCAGCCAAACCGAAGUCCGGCACUUGUGCCAUCAAUGCCGAACACCCCCAACAUGGCACAGGCCAACAUGCAGCCCAACAUGUCGAUACAGACACCCCCACAAUACCAUUACCCGCCGCCUAUGGCGACUCAGCAUCAAAACUUUGGAUAUCCUCCUCAGCAGAUGGAUCAAUAUGGCCGACCCAUCUCUAUGCCUUAUGGUUAUAACGGCAUGCCAUACAUGGGUCCACCCCAGACUAAUUCUCCUGGUUACGGUCAGCAGUAUGCUCCGUCUCCCUAUCACUCGCAGAGCCACAACAUGUCGCGAAGCCCUUCGCUACCUGAACGACCAUCGAGCGCCAACCACCAGAACCAGCAAGUGAUUGUUUCAUCGACCCCACAGGCCCACGGUGCACAACCCAACCCGGCGGCGAAGAAUUUCGUGAAGCCUGGAAGGAAGAGCGCCGCAAUUCAGAUCAAGAAUGCAGCUGGGGAGGUCGUUGACACAUCCGCAUUCAAGCAGCCCGCCUCGCCUGCGCCGAGUGUUCCAUUAUCCAAAACCCCCCCUGUUGUGGCUUCAACAGCGCCCACUCCACCCCCCAAGUCUUGUACACCCGCGCAAGGUCGAUCAGAGAGCCGCGCUCUACCGAAGACGACGAAGGAGAUUCAAGAUGAGUUGAAGGAGAAAAUAAAGCAGGCUACGUUGGCUUCUGCUGUGGAGAACAAGGUUCAGGAAGAAAAGCAAGCUCUUCACGAUGAAAAGCUGGUCACGCCCGAGGCGAAGCCAAGUCCUGCCAAGCCAAGUGCCGCAGACAACGCACUCGCCACUCCUACCUUCAAUGUCACAUCCGAAGAGCCACUGGACGAGCCAAGGAAAACCAAAGAUGCCAAGCAAGCCGAACCUGUCAAAACCGAAGAGCCUGAGGAGGACGAUAUUGAGCGAAUGAUUCGCGAGAUGGAAGAGGCUGACGCAAAACGCGAGGAGGAGGAGAAGGUGCACCAGAAACGACGGGAGGCUGAGAAGGCCGAGGCUAAGAAGAAGGAGGCAGAGCAGAGCAAGAUCAACGCGGCGGAGGAAGACCGUAAGCUCCGAGAGCAGGAACGGGAAAUGGAACGAUUGGAAGAAGAGAAGGAGAACAGGCGAAAGGACGCAGAGGCCUCUGGUAAGGGGUUGUCGGUUGCCGACGCCCUCGCACAAUUCCGAACCGGCAAAGAAUCCGAACCGGCCGGCAUGGAUAGCAUUGCCGACAAGCUUGCCGACAUGAAGAUUGACGGCGAGAGGCAACCAUCUCCAGGGGACCCUGCUGGGCAGAAGUCUGGCGCGGGCGAAAAGCGUAGCUCCAAGCCGGCUGCUUUGAAUCUUGCGCCACUGAACACAAAGGCAAUCGAGCCGCCACAGCCAAGUGCGGCUCUGCAGUCUCUCAAAUCGGCGCGAUUUCUGCAAAUCAUGGAGCAGGAUAUCUAUCCCGAAGGUAUCCAUUCCCCUAACCCAGCGUUGAACGCUGCUGUUGCGAAGAAGGGAAAGACCUUCAAGUACGAUGCCACCUUUCUGCUGCAGUUUCAGAAGGUCUUUACCGAGCAGCCCUCUCUCGAAUUCCACCAGCAGGUCAAGUCUCUCAUUAGCGACACAGAUGGUCGCUCUGGCUCCCGAACACAGGCUCCGGGUUCUGCAAGACAAGGCUCUCGCGGCGGCGGCGGCGGCGGCGGCUUCUCAAUGGGCGCGUUCAAUGCGCCUCCCCCGGGGCGCACUCUGCCUCCAGGAACGACAUCGUCCGACCGAUUAGCUAUGGCCAGCGGCACAAUGCCCCGGCCACCGGUUCACUCGAUGGGCUCGUUUCCAGCACGAUCAAGCGCCUUCCCAACUGCCAUGUCACGCACAUCGUCGCAAUCUAAUGUGCGGAACAUGCCCAACUCUCCCCGCCAGUCUAGCCGCUCUACUCGUGGAAGCCGACGGAACGACCACGGUGCCGCCAAUAGUGCGCAGGCUGCUAAGACCAUGCCUUUGACUGCUGGGAUGGAGAUUAAGCCUAUUCAGAUAUCAUCUUCUGGUUGGAAGCCUACUAGUAUUGGCAAAGCCGUUGCUGUUGCGGCCCCCAGCGGCUACCUGGACCCUGAACUGGUUCAGAGAAAGGUCAAGGCUGCACUCAACAAGAUGACCCCUGAAAAGUUUGAUCGAAUUGCAGAACAAAUACUCGAAAUUGCUUCUCAGUCAAAGGACGAGUCAGAUGGCAGGACCCUGCGCCAAGUUAUUCAGCUCACGUUCGAAAAGGCCACGGACGAAGCCCAUUGGGCAUCGAUGUAUGCAAAGUUUUGCAAGCGCAUGCUGGAGACUAUGAGUCCCGAAAUCCGCGACGAGCGCAUCAAGGACAAAAACGGCAACGUUGUGAGCGGUGGCGCACUCUUUCGCAAGUACCUCCUCAACAGGUGCCAGGAAGAGUUUGAGCGUGGUUGGUCUAUCAACUUACCUGAGGAGGAUACCGCCGACAAGAAGUCAGGUGAGGCAGCGCUGCUGUCUGACGAGUAUUACAUUGCGGCGGCCGCCAAGCGGCGUGGCCUCGGUCUGGUUCAAUUCAUUGGCGAACUCUACAAGCUUGGGAUGCUGACGGAGCGCAUCAUGCAUGAGUGCGUGCACAAGCUUGUCGACUAUAAAGGCAUUCCUGAUGAGGCCGAGAUUGAGUCAUUGAGCAAGCUGCUUCGCACCAUUGGCGCCAACCUGGACCAGACGGAGAAGGGUCGCCCCAUGAUGGAUGCCUACUUCCAACGGAUUCACACGAUGAUAGAGCUUCCAGAACUCCCGAGCCGGUUGAAAUUCAUGCUUCUAGACGUGCUGGACCUUCGAAAGGCGAACUGGGUUUCCAAGGAGGCCAACAAGGGGCCCAAGACGCUAGAGGAGGUUCGUGUAGAGGCCGAAGCUGCGCAGGCAGCCAAAGCCCAAGAGGCGGCAAGGAGCAACCAAAGAGGAGGUAGCCGUCCAGCUGGGCGUGGGGAUGCCCGCAACUUUUCCGCCGGUUACGCCCAGCAGACGAGCAAUCAGGUCGCCAUGGACGAUCUGAGGCGCCUGAAGGGGUCAGCCAGCAGGAUAUCCAGCCAGAAUGUAACCCUAGGCCCUACUUCCAUGUUCGCUUCGCGUAGCAACAGUGGCAGGCGUCUCGGACCAGGUGGCUCACUUGGCCGUCCCGGCGACGACUCUGCUGCCUCGUCUCGCACGGGAACCCCCCCAAAUCGCGAUAGCAACUCCAACUCGAACGCAUUUAGCUUGCUUGCGACCAUGGAAACAGAACACCCAGCCUCCCCCCCUUCUGCUGGGCCCUCCCCUUCACUGACAAAGGCCAUUCCCGACAGCGGCAAGAAGGAAUGA